AUGGGUCUAGGCUUGUUUACCAUUGUGACAAUGCUAUCACCUGCCUUGUCGACCAAGAAAUUCCGAGGGUUUCGAGCUUUACUCUUCUCUUCCAUGGCGCUCUUCGGCAUUAUCCCCGGUAUCCAUGCCGUAAUCAUCAACUGGUCUAAUCCACACCGCAAUGUUACCCUGGCCUACGAGUUGGCAAUGGCUAUGUUCUAUUUGAUGGGGACCCUGUUCUACGUUAGCCGAAUCCCGGAGCGGUUCAAGCCCGGAUGGUUUGACUUAGCCGGCCAUAGCCACCAAAUAUUCCACGUCCUGGUAGUGAUGGGUGCAUUGGCUCAUUAUGGUGCUUCUCUUGUAUUUAUGGACUGGCGCAAUGGCCAUAGCUGUUAA